GGUGCACGUGCUGCUUAUCAAUCCGAGUGUGGAGAGCAAACGACAGCCGUUCAGGGUGGGAACUUCUAUCACCGGAGCUUCCUUUUCUCUUCCUUAUAUUCCUCCUCCUUUUGGUGCAUCCUCCGUCGAGCCCAGCCUCUUGUAUCUGCCCCCCUUGUGGUCCGGAGACUGGGGAAUCCACCUGCCGGAGAGCAGACACACCUCGGGAUGGAUGCCCUGAAAUCCGCCGGCAGAGCGAUUAUCAAGAGCCCCGGAGUCCCGCGGCACACAUGGGGAACUUCAAAGCACGAAAAGCUGCCAGAGAACUGGACGGACACGAAGGAGACACUGCUGGAGGGGAUGGUCUUUAACCUGAAGUAUCUGGGCAUGACUCUGGUGGGUCAGCCCAAAGGAGAAGACAUGGCCUCUGCUGCCAUUCGCAGAAUUGUUGCCACGGCCAGAGCCAGUGCUAAAAAGUUUCGUAAAGUGACUCUGACGGUUUCGCCAAAAGGGAUCAUCAUCACAGACUCAGAGACGACAGACCUCAUAGAAAAUGUCUCCAUAUACAGAAUCUCUUACUGCACGGCAGAUAAAACUCAGGAUAAGGUCUUCGCUUAUGUCUCUCAGAGUCAGUUCAAUGAGACCCUGGAGUGUCACGCAUUUCUCUGCCAGAAGAGGAAGAUUGCUCAGGCAGUGACAUUAACUGUAGCCCAGGCCUUCAAGGUAGCCCUCGAUCUUUGGGAGAUCGCUCAGGAAGACAAAAAUAAGAAGGCCAGGACCUGCUGUUCAUGUGCAACAAGCAACGGGCAGACAGAGACGACAGACACUCAGUGUGUCACUGCAGAUCCAGAAACACACAAGCCUGUCGGUGUGGAGGAGAAGCUGCGGAGGCCUUUCUUUUCCGCUUCACUCAGCUCGCCCUCACCUCGAAGUAACCCGACACGGAGGCGACCAAUCAAACAUGAUUCAUGGGAUGUGGAUGAUGGACUGGAUGACGCCUUCUCAAGCAACAUGGAGGUAGAGGAGAUGGACACCGACUGGCCGAGUCCCGCUCCGAACCCAUCUCUGACAAUGCAGCUCUGAGCCCCCGGGAGUUUUCCAAUCACCAUCUUUUGUCUAACCACAGCAAAGAGCUGGAAUAACACCAGCCAACAACGACUGCUCAACUUACUGAAAUUAGAAGGAAAUCUAGCACAGGUCCCAAGAUCAACAAAAGAAAUCACAAAAACAGCUCUCCAACCUGGAAGAGAGAGGAAAACAUAUCACGCUCCCCGGUGCACAAACCUGAACCAGUGAGGCUGUUUGAUAUUCUGCGGCUGCUGCAGAGGAGCCCGAAUGGAAACCCUGAUAUUAUAAACUGCUUUCUCUGUGAAUGCUUGCCUGUCAACACACUCUCAUACACACACACACACACACGCUCUCCAGUCAGUGUAAACAGCCAUCUCCUGCCAUUUUCACAUUCCUACAAACUGCCAGUUGAAAGACGAUGAAUAAUGUGUGUGACAACAGCACUGCAAAACAAGAAAAAUUACACAUUCUGCUCCAAGAUGUGAAGAUGAGGCUGAUUGCCAAGGAUGGAUCCUCAUGCUUUUAUCUCAAUUGUUCGAAUAUUGAAAACACAAAUUACAAUUGUAAAUCAGGACAGAUGCUUUGCAUUGAGAAGUGGGUUUAUGUGUGUAAAUAAGGCUGUAAUCUCUGUCUGAAAACAUACAAGUUGUUUAAUGUAGUUUUCUGCUUGAUGGAGAAACAGCAGCAAUAGUUACAGUUUUAAAGUCAGUAGUAAAAAGGUACAAAUUUUCAACCAUGAUGUCAGAGGAACCUCAUUAUGGAGGCAUAAAGGAUAUUAGAAUGGGACUUGCAUGAAAACAGAUAAAGUGUAGCCACUGGUCAUCUUUUGAUUUACAAGACCAUAGAUGUUUCAUUAAGAAAGUCAUACUAAAUUUAAGGAACUGUUUCCAAUUAUUAACUUGUUAGAUUUUUAUGCUUGCACAGUGUGCAGUCUAGUCCCCUUAAAACACUAGAACUACCAUACCAACACGAAUGACAUUAAAUACGAAUAAUUGGACUCCAGGAUUAGAAGUAAUUGCACACCCUUUCUCUUUAUUGCUUUAAUUUGAGUCAAUGCCUAUUUCUGAGCAGACAUUGUGCUCAUAAUGUAAAGAAAAAUUAACCUUUAUCCCUCAGCAGCACAUCCUUCUCUUGCAGUACCAACCUGACAUUCCUGUAACUAUUGAUUUCAUCACUGUCUUGCUUGAACGUAGCUUAUGUAACCAAAACAUAACGACUUCUUUCCAUCCUGUGGCCUCCUCAUGCAGCCAGCUGUCACUGUACAUAGAGAUGAUGUUACUCUAAGAGAAUAUCAAUGAUGGAAGGUUAUGAAGAUGACUGUAAAGCAAGGCCACACUAUUAUUAGAGUAAAGAAAGCUAUUUCCAUACGCUGUAUUUUUUCAAUGUCAUGUCUGUGUGCAUAUUGUAUCAUUUGAAUUCAGUAGAGUGGAUAAAGCUGAGCUCACACAGGUUGUUGAAGAUAUUGAGAUUUGAAUGUGUACAUGCUUGUAUGUUUUGCAUUAGAGUUAGACUGUUUGUACAAAUGUAAUGGUAUGUGAUUUUAUUACUGCAGGAACUGCUUUAUUUUUACUAAAGAUGAGUAACUCAUGCACAGAAUAAUUUGUAAAGUCAAUCACCUGUUCACAUUUUCUUUUCAGUGUCUGCAACGAAACAAGCUUUUUCUCCUGACAAACAAAACGCUGCUCAGACUCGGCAAAUUAUUUUUAUCCCCGACUCUGAUGACGUUCAUGGUCAAGAGGAUAUUAUGUUGUCGCCCCAGUCUGUCUGAAGGGUCCUUCUCUCUGUAUUCAUGGCAUCAUGACUGAGAAUAAUUGCGACGACGGGGGAGCGAGGGGGGUUUGUGUUGUCAUGACACCCGCUGCUGAAUAAUUGGCUGGCUUAUCGGGUUACGCCAUGAAGCUUAAUUGCAUUGUUUCGUCCCUGUCUGGCACAAAUACUGGCUGUGCUACAUAUUUGUAAGAGAGCUCCAAAGACUUCCAGUGUCAUGAAUAGCCUCCAGUUCGUCUGGUUUGUUUUUUAAGCAUCGACUUUCAGGUUCAAGGUCAAAAUCCAGUCUUACCUUUCUUUAUCAGCAUCUUUCUUUUACCAUGAAUAGAGAUGAAUUUUGCAACAUUUUCUCACCUUUUCUGCUCCAUCAUUGACUCACAGAUUGAUUCAUGUGUGGACUCUGAAGCAUCCGCUGAAUCAGAGUUAUUGAGUGAUAUUCAGAGAUGGGCAGCUGUCCAGCACCUCUCGGAUGAAACUUUCAUUUUGAAUAUCCAAGAAAUUAGAACAUUUAAAUGCAUUUUUAAUGAGGACUGACACUAGGAUGCCUUUGCAGCUUCAGCAAAGCCACACUAUUAUCCAAAAAAGGGACAUUUAAAUGGCACUAAUAGAUAAUACUCUCGGAUUUAGUCUUUAGACAGUCUUUGCCCUCUUGAUUGAUUUUCAAGCAGAAAAAUCAUCUUAGUUUAAUUCAGUCUUGCAGCCGAUUCUCUCUUGAUCUCAAUUUGGAAUGAUCAAUCCCCCUUUUAAGAAUAAAACAUCACACAUCAAUCUUCUAGACGACACUCGCUCCUCAUAGUCAUGUGCCAUGAAGCUCUCUUACUGUAUACAGCACAUUCAGAUUCCCUGCAAAUCUCUUCUACAUGCUAUUUUCUGGCACCACCGAGUUUUCGUUUUGGGAAGGGGUGUCAGACCUGCACUCGGAGGUACAACAUGCCAAUUGGAGUCUGGAGUGCACUGAAUACAGAUGAGUGUGUGGGGGUUUGAGGCCAGAAAACAAUCGAGGCUGGAAAAGGAGGAGAGUAGUCCAAUGAGCUUUCAUUACUUUAAAUCAAACACUGACGUUUACACUUAGGGUUUACGUUUCAAUGAAGGUGCUUAUUUUCUAUCUAUGCAAUCAGUGGGUUUCCAGCAGUAUUGUGAUGUUCUGAUGAUAACAGAUUGUGUAGAAGCCACAUGCAGUUGUCCUUAACUGUGUAAAAAAAAGUGUACAGAA